AUGGAUUUCUUCAAUUCAAAGAGAGAUCACAAGUAUGGCAAAAGAGCAGGACUGUUUGGUCACAAAAGUGCGAGCAAGAGCAACCCUUCGAGCCCUCCUCAUCCCACCGAGGGUCGGUCUCCGCCAGUGUCUUUUUUUGGCAUAAAAAGAUCGGAAUCAGAGUACGCUUUCCCCAUCUCCGAUGACCAUACCACUCACUGGAAACAACAGCAAGCCUCCGAACGUGUCCCCAGUUCCCACCAUCGCCCUCCGGUCUACAGAUAUAGCACCCCCGAGCGUCCUAGAGAUGAUGGUAAUGGUAAAGAAAGAAGAGAGGGCAUGUCUUAUGAUCCUGAUGCCGACGUGACCCCGAGGAGCAACGCCUCUUUGAGCCCCUUUCGAUCUACCAGAACCCGCACGCCUGAUCGCCGUAGGAGGUCUUCCGACUUUAGCAGAGAGCUGUACGAGAGAAUGUAUGAGGCAGAGGCCAGUGUGAGCCCAUUUCACCCCUCCAGAAGCCGCUCUCCAGCUCCACACAACAAGACGCAGCGUGAUCAUGAUCGAGGGAGAGACUAUAGUAGAGAAAGGUAUGAGGCAGAGGGCAAUGUAACUUCAAGCCCGUUUCGUCCAUCCAGAAGCCGCUCUCCAUCGCCACACACAGAGUUUCAGCCUCGGAGAUACGGCAACCGGAAAGAUCAUUUUGAGGGCAUGUACGAGGCAGAUGCAGACGUGACACCGCGUAACAGCCCUCCCAUGAGUCCUGUCCAAGGAGCAACUCCACCACCACCAUUCUACUCAUCCAGCGAUGACGAAGACAACCACUCCACCUACCUCUUCCCAGAGAUUGCUGCUGGUUAUCGUUCCAGGGGCGUCUCCGGGAGCAGCACGCCGGUUCACUACAAGUACCAGAUUACCGCGGCCGAGACCUACGAGCAAGACGGGCAGUUCGAGCCGCCGGAGCUGGCGGACGAGUCUGUGAGCUUCUCGCUCCAGGAGAUCGCCAAAAUGCGCGGACUCGAGAGCUUCGAGGCCAGCAAGGAAGAGAUGCAGUCGGCUUACGUCUCCGUGGCCAAUUACAAGGUGCGGCAGAGCGUCUCCGCCACGCUCAAGGCGAUCCUCGACAAACACGGAGACAUCGCCGCCUCCUCGAAGCUGCAAUCCACGUCAACAAGGUCGUUUUACCUGGAAUCCUUAGCCGGAGCAGUGAUGGAGCUGAAAUCGACGGCGCUGAGGGAUCUGACGAAGACGCGCGUGGCGGAGAUAGAGGCGGUGGUCAAGGACAUGGAUUCGGUCAAAAUAGACGUAUCGUGGCUCAAAACAGCAGUCAAGGAGCUCGCGGAGGCAGUGGAAUGCUUCGGGCAGUACGAAUUGGCGAAGAUGGAGAAAGAGGAGUGCAAUAAUGGUAUGACAGAGGGGAAAGCGGAGAUGGAGGAGCUGAGAGAGGAGCUGAGGAAGAGAGAGAAGGAGACCAAGGAGUGUAGAGAGAGAGUGACGGCGAUGGCGGGUAGGCUGGGGAAGCUAGAGAUGAAGGAAUCGCGAGUGAAGAAGAAUCUGGAGCUGUACCAGGGCAAGGUCGCUAAAUUCGACGGCGAAGCUGUUCUUGUCGAGGUCUAA